CCAUGUUUGCUAAUUUAAAACCCAAAGGUUAGGGAAUAGUUGUUUAUUAUUUACCGCUGUGCCAUCUUCACCCGCAUAUCCGUUUAGAAGAAGGUUUAGAGGCAUCCGCGCCUUCGAAAUCCAAGGACUGAAAGAUGGAGUCAAAUAAUCAUUUCAACUAUGGCACCCACUCCUCAGCAAACUCAGGACUGAAACUCUCCUCAGGGGAUUCUCUUUAUACUAACGGGUCCUCCAUGAGUUUUCCUCAGCAGGGGAAGAAUAUGAAUGGCGAAUUGAAUGUGAAUGGCGUCACUACUGUACUCGGGUCCGGUGUGCCUGGCUCCCACCCACCAACAGCUCCUUACCCACACAUGAGCAACCACCACCAGAGCAGCAUGGGCUAUGACUACCUGUGGGGAGGACACCCUCAGUAUGGUCCAGCUAUGGGCACCUCUCCUGGGCAUGGGAUGCACCAGAAGCAGCCUACACCUGGGAUGGUGCAGCCUCAGUCACAGCACCACUUCCAGGGUCAUGGACAGUACCAACUGAAUGGGGGUAUUGAAAGCUCCCACCAGUCCCCUGUGGCAGGCCCACCAAACAUGCCUCUUACUGGGAGUCAGUACUGGAACAGGAAUAACCCUGGCCCACAGCAGAUAAGUUAUAAUUCCCAUAAUAUGUAUGGGACCUACCAGAGUCAGGCACAUCCUGGAAUUACACCGUCACAGCAUCACCAGCAGCAGUCCUUACAACCGCCCCCGCAUCAACCGUCACAGCAGCACCUCCACUCCCAUCGUCACCCACCCCACCACCACCAGCAGCACCAGCAACCACAGCAUUAUGGCAUGAUGGCUAACGGGAUGCCCUACUACCAGCAUCAAUCCCAACACCCGUCCCUGCCAUCUCCCCAGCAGCAGCAGCAGCAGCAGCAGCAGCAGCCACCACAGCAGUCUCAGGCCCCAGGCCAGGCUCAGAUAAUGCCUCCAGCUGCCCAGAAUUUUACUCCUCCUCGUGGCAGCCCACAGCACCACAGUUUAGGCAGAGGGGGCACGGGCAGCCCUCUUCCUGUGGGGAUGUCCUCCGCAACAAUGAUGUCACCAUCAACUGUGCAGGAUAGCGGAUCACCCAAAGGCCACAACAGGGAGCAGAGCCCCCAUGCUAGUAAUGUGGGAAUAUCUACUGUCAUGCAAGGGCAUACAAGAGAAGCUGUCAAGGAGGUAGACACAAGCUAUAACGGCAUGGAAAGGGCAGCUGUUGCUCAAAGACUACCCAAAAAUGACAGUUACCAACCCAAACCUGUGGGCCCUACAAGUGAUUACCGUCAACAUUCUGACCAGCCAGCAGCUCAACGUCCAGAAAUGGCUUCCCCUGUGAGAGAGUCAGCCAUGAAUACACCCCCCCAGUCUGUGUCGUCUCAGCUCUCUGCAGCUACAGCUCCUGCAGCAGUGUCAACGUCUCUAACCAAGGCCACAACACCUCCUCGGGUCUCUGCAGCUCCUGCUGUCUCUGAGUCUCCCACAUCUGCCCCUGGGCUCCCUACAGUGUCAUCUCCUGAUAUAGAAUCUACUCCACCACAAAUCUCAACACCUCCCAAUGUGUCCUCUGCUCCAUCUCCAGCUGCUCCUCCCACACUUUCCUCACCUCCUCUAAUGAUGCAAGGCCUCAGGCCAGAGAUAUCCCCUGCUGGAACCAAGCAUCUGUCAGUAGGGUCCUCUUCCUCCUCCUUGCCUGCAUCACCUCCAAAGUUGUCUACACCUCUUUCUUCCACUGAUAGUGUGUCUAGACCUUCAGCAGUUUCUUCAGUCCCUCCAGUCUCUUCUCCUUCAUCGGAGUCUGUGGCUCAUCAAACCAAGUCUUCAUUGCCUCCUACAGCUUCUGCACCUCCUGCCCUAGUGUCCACGUCUUCUUACUCGGUGUCCACACCCAUCUCAUCCCUUCAACGGAUGGUUCAAGGGUCUGAGCCACCUCUGAUGACUUCUGGCACACAGCAUGAAAAACCUGGACCUCCAAAAUUAAUGUCUGUCACUUCAUCAGUACGUGCUCCACCUCUAAUGUCAGUAUCAGGACCUUCAACCUCAACACCACCUGGCUCUUGUUUAUCAGCAUCUGAAUCUCCCAUGUCAGUGUCAAAAACUCCUUCAUUUGGCAGUAACCGCUGUGACCCAGUGCCCACAACCCAGCGUCAGACAUACACUCCUCCAGCUGCUGACUCUGGUCUUACCACUGCCUCUGCAGCAUCAUUACCACCUGGAGCGGUGAACUUACCCUCUCUAGCAGGCCAUGAAAGUCCUACAGUCCGACCUCUGUCUACCCUACCUCUUUUAACCACUCAAGCCUCCAGGACUGCACCCGUGUCCACCCCUCCUGCCUUGGUGUCUGUGCCUCCUGCAAUUGGUACUUCUUUUGGAGUGGUCCAGAGUUCAGACUCUGAGCAGCAUCCUUCUAACACCACUCCUCCUCAUGCACUAAAGCAGUCAUCUCCCAAGCCAGAGCACCAUGGUCAUAGCGAGGAUAGAAAAGCGUUAGCUGAUAAAAGAAAUGGAAAACCAGAAGAACACCUCUCUCAGCUUGAUUUAGGCACGAGAAGGCCAUCACAGAAGAUGGACGCUACUGAGACUAAUAAAUCUGAAAUUGGCUCACCCAAAUCCCUCACUGAUCUUCCUGGGAAACCCUUGCAGACCACAGUUGUUCCUGAUCAAAUGCCCAAGAAUAAACAGACAGAUUCUGAGAAGCACCACAUGCAAAGCAGUGUCAUCUGUGAGUCAGAGGACUCCAUGGUGGAGCAGAGUCCACUCCGAAAGUCCUCACCGCUCCACAGCACAAGGGCAGAGCAUCUGACUGAUGAAAGUUUUGAUAAUUCUUCACAAUUCGAUGGCAAUUCAACAUUUGGCACCUCCUCUAGAAUUGAUGUCAGCUCCAUCUUGGCAAAGUCCUCUCUUGUAGGUGAUGAAAGCUCUUGUGUCGAUGACUCCACUCACUUUGACAACAGCUUUCACCUAAGAAAGGACACCUCCCAUGCAGAAGAGCAAACCUCCACUUCGUUUUACACCACUAGAGAUGGCAGCUCCUUUUUGGAAGACUCCAGAGAUGACAUGUUGGGCUCCACCAAGGAAGGGGAAACAUCAGAGGCAGAGGAGACCAAGGAUGGUCAGAUCACAGGAGAGUCAGUGUUGGAGUCUUCUCUUAACAACACCUCUCAAUUGGAAGAGCCCUCUGUUGACUCAAGUGAUGUGUCCAACUCGCGCUCAUUUGUGCCAGGCCAUCAAGGAUCUGAAGCAGAGUGGGAGCCCAGGGGACAGGAUACACCAGACUCAGCUGGACGCGUUAGCAUUAAGACCACUGUUAAUGAGACAAUGACUCCCCCAAGUUUCAAGAUGAGAGAUGAGAAUUUCAUCGCCUUCAGUACUCCAGCAGAGGGCCCUGCUGUACACCCACUCCAACCAGUAACUGAUCAGAUUGUGUCAACUGCUGAAGGGCAUCUGAAAACCCCAGGGAAACCACGCAAACCUCGAGCUCCAAAGGCAAUAUGGACGAAAACCCCAGUUCCAGAGGAGGGCCAACGCAAGCCUCGGGUUCGAACCCCUAAAGUGGAGAAGGUGAAGAUUGAUGAUGAGGGAGGCAAUAAAGAGGAGGGAGCCAAGGGCAGAAAGAGGAAGAAGUCUGUCAAGGUGGAUGCUAAAGAAACAUCAGAUGUAUGUGGAGAGGCUGGGCCACCCACAGGAGAGGUCGAUCCCAUCACAGCCACAAUUGAAGCUGUUCUGGCCAACGCUUCAGCUCUUGACACUUCAGUUGACAAACCCAAGAAGGCGAAAAGGGUCAAGAAACAAGACCAGGAAGGAAACGUGGGAAAAACACCUAAACAAGGUGGCGACAAAACUGCUGAUGACGUUGAUGAAAAUGACGAUGACAGCUCCACUGCAGGUGAAUCUAACAGACGGAGGGUUGCAACUGAGGAGCAGGUUCAGUUCCCCCUGCAGCAUGGUUGGAAGAGGGAGAUUCGUGUGAAGAAAACAGAGAACCGCAUGAAGGGCGAAACCUGGUAUUACACACCUUGUGGAAGGAGGAUGAAGCAAUUCCCGGAAAUAAUCAAGUACUUGAAGAGACACACAGACAGCGUGGUCACCAGAGAACACUUCAGCUUCAGCCCACGCAUGCCUGUUGGAGAUUUUUAUGAAGAAAGAGAAAGUCCUGAGGGUAUGAAGUGGGUCCUCUUGGCUAAUGAGGAGGUUCCCUCUAUGAUCAUGGCCAUCACUGGCCGGCGAGGUCGACCUCCGAACCCUGAUAAAGAGAAACCCCGCAGGGUUCGUGGACUGAAGGGAGGGCAGGCCCGCCGCCCUGGUAGACCUCCCAAACCCAAGAUGAUUGAUCUCCUCAGCAAAGUUGAUGCCAAGCUUUUGAAGCGACUUGAGGCCAAGGAAGCUCUCACGGAGGAGGAAAAGGAAAAACUUGCAAAAAUCAAGAAGAAAAUGAAGAGAAAGGCAAGAAUGAAGAGAAGGGAGGAUGCCAAGAUUAAGAAGAUGAAACAGGAAAAAAAGAAGGCCAAGCUUGAGCAAGAUGCCAAAGACCUAGAGCUGAAGGCUGAACCCACCGACCCGACAGCCCCACAGGUCACACAGCCAGCAUCAAGUUCUGCUGCAGAGGCCAAGAAGCCUGGCCGCAGGAGGUCAGUAAAGGUUGAGGCUGCUCCACAAGUACAACAGACUGAUGAAGAGAGGAUAGCCCAGGGUAAGAGGGUGCUGGGUGCUCGGAGUAAAGCCAAGGCUCUGGCUAAAGCCCAGGCAGAGGCAGAGGCGGCAGCUCAGGCUGCUCUGGCAGCUAAGAGGGCAGCAGAGAGGAGAGCACAGGCCCAGAGACGUCUGGAGGAGAGGAAGAGGCAGCAGCUGAUAGCAGAAGAACUGAAGAAGCCCACAGAGGACAUGUGCCUCACUGACCACAAACCUCUGCCAGAGCUGUCCCGUAUCCCUGGUGUGGUUCUUUCUGGCACAGCUUUUGCACACUGCCUGGCUGUGGUUGAGUUCCUGCAUGGCUAUGGAAAGGUGAUUGGUCUCAAUGUACCCAAGGACAUCCCCAGCCUUGCUACCCUGCAGGAGGGGCUCUUAGGCCUGGGCGACAGCCAAGGAGAGGUCCAGGACCUAUUGAUAAAGCUGAUGGAGAUUGCACUCCAUGAUCCAGGCCUGCCAUCUUAUUAUCAGUCAGUAAAGAUCCUUGGGGACAAGCUGGUUGAGUUGGAGCUGACACGCAGCACAGUCUCAGAAGUACUUCGCAUCUUCAUGGAAGCUCAUGGUUAUGAUACAGAGGUGUGCAACACAAUGAGGACCAAAACAUUUCAUGCCCUGCCUCCUGAUACCAAGGCGGCCAUCCUGGGUUUCCUGGUGGAAGAGCUAAACAGUAGCAACAUUGUCACAAGUGACAUUGACAACACAAUGGAAAACAUGACAACUUACAGGAAGAACAAGUGGAUAAUUGAGGGGAAGCUGCGCAAACUGAAGGCGGCACUAGCGCGUCGUACAGGACGCUCAGAGGAAGAGCUGUGUUUUGAGGAGAGGAGGCGCAGUGCCAGAGUGGCCGAGGAAGAGAACCUCAGUAUGGAGGAGAGUGGCCUGGUCGUGGAGAGGGGCAACCGGCGUGCACGCAAAGAAGAGCCCAAACUUAGUGAUAGUGAGAGCCCUACCAACGCCAGCAUUCCAGAGCUUGAAAGGCAGAUAGAUAAGCUAACCAAGCGCCAAGCAUUUUUCCGCAAAAAGCUGCUACAGUCGUCUCAUUCCAUGCGGGCCACAUUGCUGGGCCAGGACCGUUACCGGCGCAGAUACUUGGUGCUACCUCACCUUGGAGGAGUUCUAGUCGAGGGGCCAGAAGAGCUGUUGUCCUCUGGAGAUGUCCUUGUAGCUGAGGUUCCUGUCACCCUCCUCAAAAAGGAGCCCAAAGUUGAGGAGAACCCCACGCCGACCACUCCUCCUCCUACUCUACCUUCCUCUCCUUCCUCUGCUACCCCUGCCCAAUCCCAGACCUUCUCUCCAGAGGAGGACCCCCUCCCUGGCACUGCAUCCCUCAUGAGCAGGCCAAGAGGACGAGGGCGGCCCCGAAAAAUCAAACCAGAAGUGGAGCUUCACCUCCGCACAGCAAAGAUUCGCCGCCGCCGUCGAAGUAGCGUCAGGUCCGGAGGUGAAGAUGGGCCAGGAUCACCAAACAGUGGCACGCAAGACCUCACACAGGCUGCUUUCCAGAGCUGGCUCAGCCAAUCACAGGAAGCGAUGACAAACGGCACAUGCUCUGCAGCAGGGGACGCUCCAGAGGGUAAUCGACCAGAGGAGAGUGUGAAGGAGAUGGCGGAGAAACAGGGACAGUGGUUCAACCUGCUCCCCAAACAACCGUGUGACGAUAACUCUCUGACGGAGCCCCAGAUACCCACCUCACCCAGCUCACCCCCUAAACUCCUUCCUCAGAUUCCGAGUGCUCUGCCCGCACUUGCUGCUCCACUCAUGCAGCCGGACCCGCUGUUGCCUGGCGUGGCCCCUGCUGACCCUGUGACUCCAGCAACACCACAGGAGACCCACUCUACACCCCCUGCUGCCGCUGUUUCCAUCGAUGCCCCACCAGCACCCCCUCAGCUUCUUCCAGCUCCCAUUCUUCCUGCCACACCUGCUCCAACGACCCCCGCCAGGCCAGGUCGCAGGCGGAGGAGAGGCAGCAGAGGCAGUAGUCCUGCCCGCAGAGGGCCAAGAGGAGCUGCAGCCAAGCGUCGUGGACGACCUCCCAACUCCGUGUUCCAAGAGCUCGAGCAGCAGUACUUCACACAACUGGUGGUCAAGCCCAUACCAGCAUCAAUGGUGCGUGGCUGGUGGUGGAUCAAGGAUCCAGAGGAACUUUAUAGCACCUUACAGGCCCUCCAUCCAAGGGGCAUCAGGGAGAAGGUGCUCCAUAAGCAUUUGGCUAAACACAUGGAGAGCUUAGCUGAGAUGUGCACCAAACCCAUAGAGGACCCUCUGUUUGAGUUGAAGGUGGAGGAGAAGGAUGUGCUAAUGGAGGCUCUGCAGCAGCCCUGGCAAGUGCAGGAGAAGGUAAUGGAGACUGACAUCAGCACCCUGCAGUGGGUGGAGGACCUGGAGCAGCGGGUCAUUGCCGCCGACCUCCAUCUCAAGGCACUUCCCCAGAGCGCUGUGGGUGAUGCUGAAUCUAACACAGAGACACCAAUGGCAGAAUUUCAGCCCUACACAAUCCCAGAUCCAGACUCCACACGUGAUGACCUCCAGUACUAUGAACACGACGCUGACCCACACGAUGACUGGAUUGUGCGAACUAAGAGGGAGUGGUCCGGCCUGCCGCGCAUCGCCACACACCCGCUGGACUUGGCCGUGCUGCGGCUGGCUAACCUCGAGCGUAACAUUGAGAGACGCUACUUGAAGGAGCCACUGUGGAACCCAGCCGAAGUGAUGCGCCUCGCUCCUCUCACCCCAACCCCAGGAGAAGAGCAUCCCAUGGACGUCAUCAGUCUGGAAAGUGAGAUCACAUCGCGGCUACGAACAUGGCGACAGGCUCUGGAUCGCUGCCGCAGCGCUCCCCAGGUCUGCCUGUGUUUACUUCAGCUGGAGAAGGCCAUUGCUUGGGAGAGAUCUGUGACUAAAGUGACUUGCCAGGUUUGCAGGAAGGGAGACAAUGAUGAUUGCCUGUUGCUGUGUGACAGUUGUGAUCGUGGCUGCCACAUGUACUGCCUGAGGCCCAAAAUCACCCAGGUGCCAGAGGGAGAUUGGUUUUGCCCUACUUGCGUUGCUGAGAAGGAAAGCGAUUCACCCCGCUCGUGCAAAAAGAGGACCAGGGUGAAAAAGAGGAGAUAUGAAGAUGACAGCUCUGAAGAUGAGAUGACAACACGACGUAGCGGUGGCAUGGCAACACGGUACAAGGAGACCGUGGCUUGCUCCUCCUCGACCCGUAGCUCUGGAGAAGGAGGCUCUGCUAAACGUCGUCGCAUGACCACCCGCAACCAGCCUGACCUCACUUUCUGCGAGAUCAUUCUAAUGGAGAUGGAGGCUCAUGCCGACGCCUGGCCGUUCCUUGAACCCGUCAACCCCCGCCUGGUGCCAGGCUACCGCCGCAUCAUCAAGAACCCCAUGGACUUCCUCAGCAUGAGAGAACGACUGCUACAGGGAGGGUACUGCAGCUGUGAAGAGUUUGCAGCAGACGCUCACCUUGUCUUCAACAACUGUGAGCUGUUCAACGAGGACACCUCGGAGGUGGGAAUGGCUGGACACGCCAUGAGGCGCUUCUUUGAGAGCCGCUGGGCGGAGUUCUACUCAAAUAAGGACAAAUAGGAGCCUACGACGUUCCCCCUGAUGGUGGGGCUGUACACUGUUGGUGCUGUCACCGUCCCAGUCAUGCUCUCUCCAUUACUGCUAAGACUGUCUGGAGGCUCUUCCAGCUGUGUGUAUUCUCUCAUGUAUAGGUAUAUAUGUAUAGAUUUUGGCUAUUUGUCUGUUAUUGUUUCCUCUACUGGCCGAAUCUUUUUCCAGGCCCACAGCUGAACUGGCUUGAACUUGUACUCAUUCCCCAUCACAGAGAGUGAGAACAUGUCUCUCUUCACUUUUCCUUCCUCCUUUAGUGUCUCCUCAUCUUCACCUCAGCACCUCAUCUCCUGUUUGCGUUCUCCUGUCACGUCCUUUCCCAAGCCCCAUGUCGUAGCGAGGCCUUUGGUCAAGCCCUGCUGUGGGGCGAUGACCUGGCCUCAGGCCCUGAGUGUUUUGGCUCUCAGACUCACACUGAAGGUCAGGGACUGAUCACACUGUUGCAGCCUAACUGCUGCAUUCUGGACCUGCUUAGCACCGCUCAACGACAAAAUGGAUCAAAACUCUUCACAGAGCUCGGGCCAUUUCUUACCUGUUCAAUGGAAACGUAAUGUAACGUGGUCUUAUGCCGAGAAGUAAUUUUUUUGCUCAAUAUAUUUUUAUUAUAUAUUCUAUAUAUAAAUAUAUAUAAAGAUUACAAUAGCUGGGAUUAUUUAAUAGCAAUAGCUCGUAGUGAAUGUGUACAGAUUACCUUAUAGAGAUGUCUAGACGAUUUAUGAAAAGGCCAGUUAAACUAAAAGGAAUCUGUUCUUGGACUGUCACAAGUAGACGUUGUAUAACCUCCACUUAAAGUCUUGCACGCACACGUACACACUUUUCACCAACACACAAACAUGUACAUGAUUUCACACACACACACACACACACAUACCCACCUUCUGCUGCUGUGUGAAAGACACUGGUUUCUGAAACUGGAGGAUUUUUUUUAGUGUCGGUCAGUCAGUCUGGGUUUAGACUCUUAUAUUUCACUGUCCUUGUGAAGAGUAAAUAGUCAGAUAGUUACCCCUGAUCUGUGUCACAGGCUGUAUACAACUGAGAGGAUGCUACUGCAACACACAGCUCACACUGAAAUUUUGCUAUCAUGUAUAAAAUCACCCCAAGACAAGAUGGUGCAGCUUCAGAACUGCAGUUGAGCAUUUGACCCGUGCUGAAAACAACACUCAUACUUCUGUUUGUCUGUAGCUCGUCAAACAAGGCAAAAACAUGUAACGCUGGUUAUGUGUGAGGUUAAAAUCCUCCCAUUUUAAAGAGUAGAAUUUUAAAGGAGCUCUGGUAAUGAGGUACUGGGCACACCCCUGCCUGGUUUUCUGUCUUACAUUCCUUUUAUUGAUUUUUGUGCUGUACAAGGGCCAACGUACGAUGUUGCGCGGCAUGGUUGGUGUGCUCUGAAGGCGACAGGAUGACUCCACAGUCUGGGUUUUAUUUAAACGUGUUUCUUACACUGAACUCAAAUCCGUUGUUAGGAAAUAACUUUGAUGUUCCUUAUUACACGUAAAGGGACAGACAUUUUUUCAAAAAAGAAAAAAAAAAAGACAUGAAAACCAAAUGUGGUGUUAAGUGAAUUUUUAAUAAUGUACAGUUUUGGUGACUUUAAAUUUGUUCCUUUAUAUUUUUAGGACCAAUUCAUCAUUUUUAAGAGGAGGUAUUACAAGACUCUGUUGUAUUAAGGUGAUGUAACACGUGUGCAUCUGUAGAAUGUACUGUGAGUUGAAUAAAAAUCACAUCUAGUAGA